GAAGUAAAUGAUACAUUACAAUUAUUUGACGAGUGGAUGGAGCUUUCAGAUGAUCCAACUGAAAAUCAGCGUGCUAAGGAAAAGCAAGCCUAUUUGGUGGAUACAUGGAAGUCAGUUCGUGCUGCAGCUGUAAACGCAGUGAAGAAGUCUCGAGAGGACAAUGGCUCUGUUUUCUCUAAAAAAUCUCGUCAUUCGCGAAGGUCUAGUGUAUCAAGCCGAUGUUCAUUCAGGGACACACUGAUAAACGUAAGAGCUAAAAGAGUGGCCUUGGAAGAGAAAUUGAAGUUUUCAGCAGUCAUUGCAGAGCAAGAGAAAAAAUUAGAACAGCUAAAGCUUCAAGAGAAACUUGGAGAAGUCUGGGCACAAGAGGCUGUGUCUCAUAAGGCUGUGGAAGAAGAGGACAAAACGGACGACUUUCAACCUCCCUUGCUGCCAACCAGACAGUACGAUCCCAUUUCCGCCUUCCUGAGUGACAAUGCUGAAGAGCUAACGUCAACACCAGAAGUUGUUCCUUCAGUAUCAAAGAAUUUUCAACCAGUUCCGACUGCGAGUGCUUCAUCAAUGUUUACGUCACCACCUCAGUUCGCAGUCUCUUCGUCUUCAAUGCGGAAUCCAAGACCUCAGCAGCUUCUUCAAGCAAGAAACCUCAAGAUACUAUCUAUUCUAGUACACACACUAGAUCUAGAUUUGGAACACAGGCUACUUUAACCUGCACAACUUCUUCUACCAGCAACACAGUUUAUUCUAGUACACACACUAGAUUUAGCUUCGGAACACGGGUUCCGCCAACUUAUACGAUAUCCUCUACGGGCAGCACAGUUUAUACCAGCACUAACACGAGAGUUAGCUUUGGAUCAAACGCGCCAUCAACUUAUGCCACACCCUGUACAGGCAGACCGGGACUCAGCUCGUCAAGAGGCUUUUGUGGAAGUCCUCCAGCUUUCAUCCCGUCACCCGAUUCCGUCCACACCCUUCCACCGCAAGAUUACCUGCUAGAUUUCAGUGACACUUUAGCCAAAAUGACACAGCUAAACCGGAUGUGUUUAAGGGAAAUGAACAAGAUAAAACAAAAUUCUUCCUGUGGGAAAACGCAAUAG